UUCACAAUUCUUUUGAGAAAGAGCAAUUACAGUGAGCAGUUAUUAUGGGUGAGGUACAUUCAUCUGUGAAUUACAAAAUUAUUUUGAGAGGGUGACGAGGUAAUGGUGUCACUGAUGUGAUGAAUGGCCGAGCUUCACAUCAAUAAUUUCACAGAUAUUUUGAGAGGGUGACUAGGUAAUGGUGUCGCUGAUGUGAUGAAUGGCCGAGCUUCACAUCAUCGGGCGGCUGAGGGGCGCUGAAGACUUCAAGGAGCGGGCGCUGUUCUGCAAGUGGGCGCUGCAGUGCGGCAGCGGCUGGCGCAUCAUAGCCGGACAGACGGACGGACAGACUCAGGUGGACCGCUGCCAGCAGCCUCUGGACACCGCCACCUGGUGUCAUCCUAUAGACCUUCUCAUCGUCUGCCGUGGUCUGCAAGGCUGGCCGCGGAUUGUGGUUCAGGUCUACCGUGAAGACUGGUACGGCAGACGAGAUCUGUGUGGCUACGGUGUGGCUACCAUACCCAGCACACCAGGCCACCACACCGUCACUUGCCACACCUGGCGCCCCACAGGAACAUUUUUAGAAGAAUUGAGACGCGAGUUUGUGGGUGGCGGUCCUCAGAUUUUGUCGACGGACUACAUUUUCUCGGCUUCUGAACGCUACAAACUGCGCACAGCUCCGGCUGGCAAGGUCAUCCUGGAUCUGGGCAUCAUAAUGCGAGGAUUCGACAAGCACGGAGUAAUGAGCUGACCUUCUC